AUGGGCCAUGGAAUAAAAAACAGAACCAGGACAUGUACAAAUCCGGAACCAUGUGGAAUUUUAGCAAGUUAUUGUCCGGGAAGUAAUUUAUCUGAUGCCGAAUGUGAAGAGUUUCCGCCAUGUUUAGAGGGAUCAGUGUUUGGAGGCAAUUACGUGACAAGAGAUGACCCUUUAGUACUGUAUUCGUCAGCCAAUAUAGAAAUUCUGCCGAAAACACAAAUCAAAUGUUCUCUGUCAAGUCUUUACAAAAACUGGACUUUGUACAUGUGCGAUGAACACUCUGAAAACGAGACUCUGUCCUAUGUGUCAGAAGCAUCAGUCUUUCAGAUACGCCCUGGGGCGUUCCCAUUUGGCCUGUAUCGACUUUUUGUAAGAAUUGAGUAUUAUCCAGGAUCGUAUGAAUUUGUCGAGGGAUAUAUGUACUUCAAACUGCAGUUGCCUCCCCCAAAUGUCAUCAUUCAGGGUGGAUCUGGUAGAAUGUCGGGCCCCGGGAAAACCAUACUUGAUGCCUGGAGUGGAUCUUAUGAUCUCACAAAGGGACCCGGUCAUAGAGAUGGUCUGACAUUUUCUUGGAGUUGUUUGGAGUUUCCGACGGAUUCUUUAGAUAUGUUGAUGACAUUCAUUAUUCCCGAAUCUUUCACAUUCUUAGCUAAUGUAACCGUAUCCUGGGACUUCAUACAAAGCUUAGCUGACAUGUCGGAGAAAUAUCUCAACCUUACUAUUCAGACGAAUAUGGUGUAUUUUAACGACACACACACUUAUAGACAUUUAAACUUAGAAAAUAUUACCCAUCCCCAAAGCUGUGAAGAAUAUUCAUCAUUUGUAAGUACAACAAACAAAAUCCCGAAUCCAUGUUACCUCGACAAUUUGAUGAGCGCCGAACUAUAUUCCUUGCUACGAGAGUUUACUAACGAGAACUAUAUUCAAGAAAUAUUAGACCACAGAGAUGUUGCAAAAAGAGCCUAUGCAGAUAUAAAAAAUGGUUUGCCAUUGCUUAAAUUGGAAUCAAACAUUACAAAACAGGAAACAGAUAUGAUAGAGACAGAAUUUCUACCAAAUAUGAAUUCCUUAAUCAGACAUCUACGAAUAAUGACGGAGGCUUUGACAGAAUUAAAUCGGAUAAUAUAUGGACUGCCUAAGGAGAAUUUUACCAUCUCGACACUUCAGGAUUUCGACAAACAUCUUGUAGAGCUGACAACUCGUGCAGAACAAAUUGCAGGUCUGAAUAUCUCAGAUAUGAUAGCGUGGGAGACAGAAGCAUGGAACCUUGUGAUUAAGCUGUUUGAAAACAGUAAAUGCAUCUCUUUCUCGGAGACCACCACGGGCUAUGCGGAAGUAGUCACUGAUCCGAAUCAUCGGACCAAAGCUGUAGGAUAUAUCGUCACAGUCAAAGUAGCUAUUCUGGACGCUGAAAACAUUUAUCAACAAAGAAUCCAGAUCGUAUUUCCGAAUUCUAGCUUCUUUGGUUCUCCCAGCGAUACAGUUCCAGAUAUGAAAAUACAGUGCUUGUUAAAUUGUAAAACAAAAGUGGCCACAUCUAUAGUAAUGUCCUUAAGAGCAGAGUGUACAACAUGUACUGCCAGCGAUCUAGCAAAGCUUGUCUAUAGUUGGAAGUUAAUGGAAUUCGACCCAGCAACAAGAACAACAAGCAAUAUAGGAGACUGGGAAAACUGGUUAGAAACAGAUCCAUCGGAACAGAAAUUCUUCGUUAAAGCCAAUUCCUUCCGUCGUUUGUCUUAUUAUCUGCUGACGAUGAGGAUGAACAUAGACGACAGAUGGGCAGAAAUGCAGAUGAUUCUUGAGACGACAGAACCUCCAUAUGGCGGAUACUGUAGAUUUGAAACAUCAAGAGCUGGUGACAUAAUAUUGGUCAUUAAUUCAUGGAAAGAUGAAGGGUUUAGAAAACAGAAAAACAAAGAAAUAGACUGGAAGGAACAGAUAAGUUUUCGGAUAUUCCAAGAAGAUUCUCAAACCCAGGAGAAGACUCUCCUUUAUCAAGGCAAUGAAAGAUACCUAGAGGGCAUUUAUUUCAACUACGGACACGAAGAAGACAAUUGGUUAAUAAAUACAUAUGUGGAAGUACUAGACGUCUUUGAUGAUUUCACAACUUGUAACUUUCCCUCUAUCCCGGUCUUUUCACCAAUGAUGGCUGUGAGCGUAGAAGACUAUUUAAAAAAUUCACAGACACUGAUAGAAACUGCGAUUGAGCAGGAGGAUGUGGGUCUGGUUUCCAUGGCAGUAGAAACAACUAUUAGUACCACCAAUCGGGAGACACUUCCACCACCGAGUUUGAUCGACACAUUAGUGGAAGACCCAGGAUCGUGGAGUAGCGUGGGUGACAACACAACAUUUGACAACCUCUUUCAAGAACUCGCCACAGUCCCAGUAGAUGUUAACUCUACCCUAGAAUUGCUCACAGAGGGAAUGAAGAAUAUGACAAACCUUCUUUCAACGUCUACAAGUUCGCUUAGAAUAGACAACACCGUAAGACAAAGACAAAUGGCGUUUUCCUCGGGAUCUGCCAUGGAGAAGAAGCAACUGGUAACCAAAGAAGUUAUGGCCGCGGCGCUGAAUGCUACGAAUGACGUAAUUGGCAACUUCAUCAACACAUCCAAAGAAGCCAUGUUCCCUGUAUAUGAAGAUUAUCUAUCUACCUCAGAAGCUGUCUUACGAUCGGUUGAUAAUCUUCUGAAUGUUCUGAUUCCAAAACUAAGUCAAGACAUUCCAGAAACAAAUGACAUUUAUGAAAUAGCGAAAGAGUAUUCCUCUACAGAUCACAUCAACGGGUACGAUGGUUCCGGGUUUUCACCAGAAGAAAGAGCUCUCUUCACUUCCCUGUCUGUGGCAUCAUACAGGGAGAAAAUGAACUCCUCAGUCGAAAUGGCAAGUAGAACUGUCCCAAGCAUGCAGAACUCCAUUGUUGAGCUUGGAACCGUACUGAAGGAGAUUGCCUAUAGGAAACAGUUUGAAGUAGAAGUCACUCGACCAGGCUUAACAACAAGUAUGGAAAAACGCCGAGUUGACCAGGAAAUUGACAGAAAAGAUUUAAAAAUCAAACUUGAUGUCAGUAAGACAGAACAAGAUUAUAUACAGGUUACCAAAUACUCAAAAACGCCUUUCAUAUGGGAUUCGGAAGCAAAAAACAUACAGUCACCUACAGUACAUAUCGUUCUGGGCAACCAUACUAAACUCCCUUCGGUGAAGACCAAAUUCAGCGUAUCUCCGUCGGUGACAAAAAGAGACGUCGUUUUAGCGUUCCCUGACGAUCCAGAAGAGCCCAGUUCGCAGAUUUUUUCUUAUAAAAUCUGGUGGAGGAACCCGUUGGAUAAUUUGGUCUUUAGUGUUGAAUGUGACAACAGUACAAUGAAUACAACGUCGCACGUUGUAUAUGUCAAAAAAGACAGUAUUCCUACCGUCGGUGACCACGAAUGGACAAAAGUUAUCGUCCCUAGUGACUGGACUGAUGUUGGUUUCUCCUGUCUUCUUCCAAUCAAUUUCUGCCCUGGACCGUGCUUGAUCUAUAUAUCUGUCCAUGUUGCAUCCAUUCCCAGACCAAGGACUUCUAGGCGUCGCCGAUCUGUUUACAACAGCACCACAACUGCAACUUACCGUAUCAGUGGCUGGACCACGGGGUGUCGAGUAUGGGAUGGAGGCAAAUGGGACAAAACUGCAUGCCAGUUAACUUCGGAAACGAAUGGUAAAGAGACAGUUUGUGAAUGCAAAAAUCCUCCAGGAGAUAACUUUGCUACAUCCUUCUUUGUUCCACCAAAUUCUAUCGAUUUUUCUACGGUCUUUGAUAAAUUUGACAUCAUUGGAAACGGUGCAGUAUUUGGUACAGUUACAGCCAUCAUCGUUCUUUAUCUCACUGGUCUUCUGAUAGCGCGGCGUUAUGACAAGAAAGAUCAAGAAAAGUGGAAGCUGUUAUACAUGAAUGACAACCUGAAGACAGACAAAUUCGUAUAUCUGGUUACUGUUUAUACCGGCCUAUCUAGGAACUCGGGCACCAAGAGUAACGUCAGCUUCGUCAUGACUAGUCGCCUUAGAGACACCGGGGUCCGGCAUCUCACAGACGGAGUCAAAAAGGGUUUUGAGACCGGAAGUGUCUGUACUUACGUGAUGACUGUGCAGAAUAAUCUCGGUGAUUUAACUUUCCUGAAUAUUUGGCAUGACAACAGUGGAGAUGGAGGGGACGCUUCGUGGAAUCUGAUUAAAAUAGUCGUUGAAGAUGCACAAACAGGAAAGAGAUUUGUCUUUUUCUGCAAUCGAUGGCUAAGUCUGGAUUCGGAUGAGAGUUCCAUUCAAUGCACGGUGCCUGUAUCAACUCCUGAGUCCCUUCGAACUUUCAAUGUAAACUUUACAGAAAACAGUCGGGAAAAUAUAACAGACAGUCAUCUAUGGCUAUCUGUGGUUUUUCGUCCAGAAAAAAGUGUAUUCACUCGUUGUGAGCGCCUUUCAUGCUGUGCGACACUGCUUUUCUUGACAAUGAUUUCAAAUGCUAUGUUCUACGGAAAGGGCGAAUCUGUGGAUCAGAUACAAAUUGGUCCUAUCAAAUUUGCUCUGUCCUCAAUAUAUAUCUCAUUCAUAGGAGUUAUUAUGACCUUUCCUGUUAUUCUAGCAGUAACGAUGAUAUUCAGGAAAUCAAAAUGGUCAGAAAAUUCUCAAGGCCAAGAUGAAGAAGAUGUAGAAACUUUUAGGACUCGUAGUGAAAAAGAAAAAUUCCGUUUGCCAAAGAAAUGUGUGUUUGUUGCAUAUGGUAUUGUUGCUGUUUCGAUCUUGGCUUCAGGGUUUUUUGUGAUUUUGUAUAGCAUGGAAUGGGGCAAAACAAAGUCUGAAGAAUGGCUGAAGACGUUUUUCAUGUCAUUUUUUGAAUCAAUGUUUGUGGUUGAUCCAAUAAAGGUUUUUGCAAUGGCUAUAUUUUUCUCGAUCAUCAUCAAGAAAUCGCUUGAGGAUAGCGUAUAUGAUACGACAAACCUACUGAAACAGUCACAAACCAGGGCCGUAGCGUUUGCUAGAGAAACCAACAAUAUUUCAUUCUAUGGAGCACCUUUCGAGGAGGAAACACUCGAAAAUAUGAAACGAAAAAGAUUAAGAGAAAUGAGAGUCAAGCGGAUCUUCGUUGAACUACUGCUCUACCUCUGUUUCUUGGCAAUUCUUUACUUCAUCAGCUACAACAACAGGGAUUUCCACUCGUAUCAGAUCAGACAUUACUUGAACCAUCGGCUUUUACACAGUCCUGACAAAAACAGUAGCCUUCAAACACUGCGUUAUGACAAAAUUCGCAGUGUUGAUGGUUUUUACGACUGGUUGAAAAACACAUUAAUUCCAUUCACAUUCCCUCAACAAUUAUAUAACGGACAGCUUCUGAACGCAUUCGAACGUCAAUACACGGAAGACCAAUUAAAUUACAGACUAGGAGCUGUCCGACUUCGUCAGCUUCGAGUCAGACAGGAGAAGUGUUUCAUUCCCUUGCUGCUGGAUUUCACAUGCUAUGCCAACUACUACAUUUCAUCAGAAGAUGAGCGAUCUUACUGCCAAAGCUGGGAAUCCGAUUCGUGUGUAGAUAACACAACACUCUGGUCCUCAAAGGCAUGGCAGUUCACAAGCGCCACUGAAGUCUGGGGUGUACCGACCAUCGGACUUCGAGGAACCUAUGGAGGCGGUGGUUUCAUCGCUGAUCUUGGAAUUCAUUUAAAGUAUGCCAACAUGGUGGUGGACGAACUUUAUAACAACACGUGGAUAGAUCGACAAACAAGAGCAGUUUUUGUAGAAUUUACUCAAUACAACAGCAAUAUCAAUCUCUUUACAUACGUAUCACUCAUGACCGAGUUUCCUCAAACUGGUGGUGUUUUUACGACAUCACAUAUUUAUCCACUGAGAGUUUAUCAGCAUAUAGGAAACUUUGGUGUUUUCAUAUUCCUGUGUGAAAUUGUUCUUGCAGUGUGUGCAUUAAUUUUCUUCAUCCAUUUCAUUACGCAAAUAGCCAAACAUAAAAGAGCGUUUUUCAAAGACUCUUGGCGUUUGUUUGACCUCAUUAUUUUAGUAUUAACAGUAAUUGGCAUACCCAUGUACAUAACUAGAAUGCUUUUCACUUCAUGGACAAUCACCAAGUUUACAGAACAAAAAUUCAAGUUCGUUAACUUUGGACACAUUGCUUUAUGGGAUGAAAUACUUAAUGCAUUCAUUUCUUUUCUUGUCUUCUUAACGACCUUGAGAAUUCUCCGAGUUUUGAACUACAGUCGAAACAUAACUCAGCUAGCCUUGGUAUUAUCUAAUGCCAGGAGAAACUUAAUGGGUUGCUUCUUCAUGUUUGUUUUGGUCUUCUUUGCCUAUGCAGGUGUUGGGUACCUUCUCUUCGGGGCUCACCUCGAAACAUACAAAAAUAUUUUUGUUUCCAUCACUACAAUAGUGAACUCACUGAUAGGACGAAACAGUCUUCAUGGAUUAAUACAAACAUGUCCAAUUAUAGCCGAAUUCUACUAUUUUACAUUUGUAAUGUUCGUCAUUUGGAUUGUAAUGACUAUGUUAAAUGCAACCCUUAACAAAAGCAUCCAAGAAAUUCGGACUAACAUCAAAAGAAAAGAGGAAGCAUACGGAAUAGAUGACCUACUGCACAGUUUUCUUACAGAUGCCUGGCAUAUUAUCAACUUCAAAUCACACAAGAGCUCAAAUGAUACCUCCAUACAUCGUACAACUACAUCUGUCACAUCCGGCCGGGAUGUCGGUCUUCUUUUGGAGGACUUCGAUGGUAUAUCCUACAAUGAUGAGGAAUAA